AUGGCCUCUCGAAAGCUUCAAAUCGGCGUUGCUGGCCUUGGCCGAAUGGGUAAACGUCAUGCUCAAAACUUCGAUCAAAAUGUUUCCCGAGCCGUAUUGGUAGCUGUGAGCAGCCCAGACGCUGAAGAGAGAAAAUGGGCUGCUGAGAAUCUCGCCCAUGGUGUAGCUAUCUACGAAAACUACGAUGAUAUGCUAGCGCACCAAGGGUUAGAUGCUGUGUGUGUUGCUUCUGCCACUGCUGUCCACGCUGGACAGACGAAUGCCGCCAUUGCAGCAGGAAAGCAUGUGUUAUGCGAGAAGCCUCUCGGAACAACUGUUGAGAUUUCGCAAUCUGUUGUUGACGCUGCUGCCACGCGUCCCGAUCUCAAGGUCAUGUGUGGAUUUUCCCGUCGUUUCGACGCUUCAUAUCGCGAUGCCUAUGAAAAGACAAAAGCAGGCUUGAUCGGUCGUCCGUCGAUCCUCAGAAGUCAGACUUGCGAUGUUCUAGACCCCUCAGGGUUUUUUGUCGCCUAUGCACAAUUCUCAGGAGGCAUCUUUGUUGACUGUAGCAUUCAUGACAUCGAUUUGGCCAUCUGGUUCUUUGGUCAAGAGUCUAAAGUUCGGUCAGUCCAUGCCGUGGGUAUCACUGCUGUAGAACCAGAUCUUCGACAGUACAACGAUCGAGAUAACGCCGUAGGCAUUGUCGAGUUCUACGAUGGUCGAAUCGCGUAUUUAUAUGCGUCUCGAAUGAUGGCUGCGGGUCAGGAAGAUACGACAGAAAUAAUCGGAACCGAGGGGAAAAUAUCUGUUAACUUGAUUCCCGUUGAGAAUCAUGUUCGAAUUCAUGGAAAAGGAGGCAUCAGACACCAGCUUCCACAAAACUACUGUGGACGAUUCCAAGCGGCAUUUGCGAGAGAAGCUAUUGAGUUCACCGACUGUGUGUUGGAUGGCACGCCUGUUCCUGUUGAAUUGUCAUCGGCAGUGUUAGCAGUCCGCAUUGCGGCUGCAUUGCAAGAUUCUAUGAUCACAGGAAACAAAAUAGUGUUUGAUGAGAGCGGCAAUGAGGUCGAAAGGCCUCGGCUGUAG